ACUGACAGCUUCCACUUAUAGAUACUGUCCAUAUAGAUGUAUUACAUAUAUAGUAAAACUCCUAUAUAUGAACAGUUGGUAUGAGGAAAAAACGUCCUACGCUACGGUGUCGACAAUAUUCAUUUUCUCUCUCGUUCGAGAGACUUUAUCUAUACUGCGCGUGCUUGAAAAUUCUCUAAAAUAUGAGUAGACCGAAAAUAAUUGGAAGAAUAAUUUUGUGGUUAUAAUUAUGUUUACGUAUUCAUUAUUAAUAAUAUUUUGGAAAAAUUGUGCUAAGUUCUUUAAUUUUUGGUGUUUUAACAUAUCAGUACUUUAUUUUCAAUAACCAAUAACCAAAUGGCGAAAUCAUGUUAUUUAUGUGAUAGAAAAGCAUCUCAAGCUGAUAAUAUUUCAUUGCACAGGUUUCCAAAAAAUUUGGACAUACGUAUAAAAUGGCUCAAUGCUUGUGGUCUAACUAUUAAUGAUGAUGUGAGAAGAACUACUAUAUGUUCUAGACAUUUUAAAGCUGAAGAUAUUUGUCAAUCUAAUAUUUUUGGAAUUGUUAAAUCUUCGAUAAAACGUAAUGCAGUUCCUGCAAUUUAUAUUCCAAAUCCAACCAAUAUUAAUGCAAGUAAUAAACCACAGCUGAACAGAACAUUAGAAAAUUUCAAAGUUGAAACGUCAGAAAGGAGCAUUAAUUCUGGUGUCUAUGAAAAAGAUUUUAUUGAAAGUAAUUUCAUAAAAAUUGAAGAUGAAAAUAAUGUUCCAGACAAGAAUACGUCUCCAAGUCAAUGUCAAAAACGUAAAUUUUUCGACCCCCGUUAUGUUAGUGAAAUAUCACCAACAGAUUUUUCGACGCCCAAAAAGGCUAAAAGAACCCUUGAUUUAAUUAAACAAACUGAUAAAAGAAAAACAGAAAAAAUAAAACACUUACAGAGAAAAAUUAGAAAUCUUCAACAAAAAGUUGAAUCUUUGCAAGAUUAUAUAAUUCAUCUGAAAGAAAACCAUGUUAACAGAUGAGAGGGGUGAUGCUCUGAUGGGGUUCAGAAAAAGUAAGAGAAUAUCCUCAUGAACUCUCGAAUAAAAAUAAGAAGAGUAAAGUUAUCAAUCAAAUAUAUCAAAAAAUAGGAAUUAUGUUUGCUAAUCACCGCAUUCAGUUAUGUAAAUGGAUUAUUGAAAUAUAUUUAAAUACUAGAUUCUUUUAUGAAACGAAAAAACUUUCUGUCAGGGAAAAUUAUAUAUGACAAAAGUAUUGUAUUAUGUUAUAACCAAUAGUAUUUCAAGAAAAUAUAUUUUAGUUGUUUGUACCUAAAGGAAAAUAUAUUUUUAUAAAAAUUCAUUUUAAGUUUUUUAUGCUCAAAUUCUUACAUUAAAGCAUAUAUUUAAAAUAAUUUUUGUUUAACUUUUAAUUGUUAAAAAAUUGAUUAAAACUGAUAAAAUGUCUUUUAAAUUUUUACCCAUAGUUAACAAAUUAAAGUAAAGUGUCAGUAUCAAUUAUUAAUAAUGAAAAUCAAUAAAAUUUAUUUAUGACGUUCGUUUGAUUUAACCUAUCAAUAAUUUCAAAAUUUGAUUUCUAAAAAGCUAUUUUCUUCAUUUUGUUAAAUAUUCUAAAAGUAAAAGAUUUACUAUAAAUUAUAAUAACAAAUCAUCUUAAAUAAUAAAUUUUUCAUUUAUUAAAUUUAGCAAAAUACAUUUAAGAUGCGCAACUAACUGAAACGCUCGGAGGAUAGAGAGAACGAUACACUAUUUGUUUCACUUAGGAACUGUCCAUAUAGAAGUAUUAGUAUGUCCAUUAGAAGUAUAUAAACUGGUCACAAUAAUAUUAAACAAAAAUUAAGGCGAGGAAUUUGUUUACUUUUACUAAUGGAAUUUUUGUUAGUGGCAGUCAUAAUGCAAUGGCAAGAGACUUUAUAAUGUCGAGCAACGUGCAAUAUUCAUCUAUACAAUAUUUUGAACUUACAUGAAUUUGCAUGCAAUUUCUUCCAAAGUCAAAAUAUUUCAUAGAUCAAUAUUGUACUCGCUCGACAUCAUGCAAGUAUCUUGCCACUGCAUCAUGGCUGCCAGUAACAAAAAUUUUAUUAGUAAAUUAAACAAAUUUCUAACGUCAAAUUUUAUUUAAUAUUUUGUGACCAAUUUAAAAUUGAAAAUAACAAAUCUAAGUCAAAAUGAACAAGAAAAAAUUGGUCAGUGAUUUACUGGAACUAAUUAUAUUUGCCACUGCCUCGCUUUUGGAGCCUUAUGCGUGCAUGUUUUUGAUCAAGAAAUAUUACAUCUUUCAUUGCAUUGCACGUUGUAUUGCAUUAUGUCAAACGGCCUUUAGCGGGUGAAAUCUCGUCAUUAAGACUUCUAAGUUUUGAUUUUUGUUCCAUUUGUUGCAUCUCAGAAUAUUUGGGUGCCAAUUUUCUUGAUUUUUGAACUUUAUUUGGUUCCUUUAGAACGUUGCUUACAUAUUUUGAAUUGUCCGCCCAAUUUUUGCAAACUGAUUCCCAGUUUUCCGCGAGCUUCUCUAACCUUUUUUGUUUUUUUUGCUUUUCUGCCUAAUUAUAUCUUUCUUUCACUUGAAAUCAAUUGAAAUACCUGUCUGAACACAUCGAGAGAUAUCGUAAAUUGUUUGUCUGGCUAUUCCCAUUCUUACGAAGAUCUUAAUUUUGUUCAGAAAACUUAUUGUUAUAAUAAAUUUCUAACAGGAAUGUAAUAUUUAUACUUGGGACAUUUGACAACUACCAAAUUACGAGUAAUAAUUAAUAAAUUCUCAGCCUACUUCACUUGCUAAGCUAUCUAAAAAUGUGCGGAUUUUUUGUCCCCACACCCUUAUCUCAAUAACCACGAACAAUGUGGAAAAAUAUAUGAGACCUAAAUUGUUGAACGUAAAAGAAGAAUGAAAAACUAUCUCAAAAGAAAUCCAAUUACUAAAAAAAUGUUUUUUGAAAAUAGCAGGAAAUAAAAUAUUGGUCAGUUAUUUGAAACUUUUUAUGUCCUCCCCACAUAUUACAUCAAAAAUCCAUCAAUCUCGAUUCAUUUGCAUUUCCAAAUGUAUAUAAUGACUGCACUAUUACUUCAGAUACGGUUUGUGAUAGCUUUCAAAAACUUUUGCGGUGUAAAUAAUGAUAUGAUAAAUCACAACACUUUUCAAAAUAUUCCUUUUGAGAUUAUUGUCCGAAAUUGGUCUUCUUCUCAUAAGGUACUAUUUUAUGAUUGCAUUCUUUAAAUUGCCAUUUGUUUGAGAUGGUUAAUUUGGGCAAAGGUGCUGAAUUGUGGCCUGAGAAAUAUUUUUUCGUAUUUUAGUUGAUUUUAAUAAAUGAAAUGUUCGACAAGUACUAAA